AAUUUAGUAUCUUAGCGGUAGCGCAGCCGGCCCUUCAUAUUCAUUGAACACAAAUGUGUUUCGAAGCGAAUAUGUUGAAUAUCUAGUUCGUGAAUAAAAUAUCGGAAUUAUCCUAGUUCAUAUUAAGUAUAAUGGCACUCAGAAUAUUGAGAAAGGUAGUGAAAUCCACUCUACGACCGCAGGUCGGGUCCUCGUUUUGCCGUUCUUAUUCCUUGUAUGAACCAGACUAUUUGGAGGUAGGAAAAUCCAAGAUACCCAUGCAUGAUGUCUUGAAUAUUCAACUUACAGCAUACAACUUUUGUACUCUGGAAAGCUAUCAUCACUUUCUUGAUAAUUUAAUUCAAGAUAUGGGUAUAGAAGUUGAGACUAGCUGGGCCCUACCACCAAAACAUGAGAUUAUACAAAAGUUCAAGCCGAGGAGUACUGUGAUUGAUUCUGAAUAUAAAUUGAAGACAUAUUUCAGAAGUAUACAAGUGGUUCAACCACCUUCGACUCUGUACCCUAUUCUUCUUCGAAUGAUAGACGCAAGCCUUCCAGAAGGGGUAACAGUUAAUGUAGUAAAACAUGAACCAGAGCACGAAGAAAUUAGACAUGUUCCGAAUAAAGACCUUAUGGAACUCAAGGAACAGCUAGAUAUGGUUGGCAAAACCACGGGAAAAAAGAAAAAAGGUUUUUAAAAUAUAUCUAAAAGCUUAUUGUGUACAAAAUAUUAGUAUUAUAUUAUACUCAUCGUUAAAUAAAAGCUAGAGAAAUAAUUUACGUUAUACGGAAUUACUUUUCUCACAGCCCUUUUCGGGCACUUUUUGUACGAAAUAUCUCGAACUGAAUAGAUCUAUUAAAAAUAUGUUUAUUUGCGAUCAAUAAAAAUACAAAAUAUACGGGCACAUACCAAUAACAUAAUAAUACAGCUUCACUGGCAGUUAGCGGUCAUUACAGUCAUAUAAUUACAUUCAAAUCCUAAUCUGUAUUGGUAAUACUAUUUAAAAAUAUGAAUUCAUGAUAUGUGUAUUAAAACGUGAAAUGAAACCACGUUAUAUUUAUACUAGUACGUGACAAUGAAACAACCUAAUGCGCUAUUUUAAUGAUCAUCAAGCCUCAACGUUUUUGUAUUAAAUUUAAACAGUUCUUUAUUACAAUAUUAAAAUUGAAUAUGUGUAAGUGUUUAUCGCAUCAAAUUUUACAAAAGUCCAAAAUGAACAAUCUUGAUCUUUGCUGAUUCGUCUGGUUGUUUACUAUGUGGUUCCUUCGUACUGUCAGUUUCACAGUCUUCUGUAAUAUUACAAAAUAGAGAUACACUUUUAAAAAUCGUUUUAACAAAGUAGACUUUAAUGUGAAAAUUUCAUCCCAUGUUUAUGAUCAAUUCUAAUUUGAUAUUGCCGAAAAAAUGACAGCCUAUCCUUCCAUCAAUGGAGAUUGAAACAAACUGGAGAGUACAAAAUGAUCCAAAACAAAAUUUACCCCCAACAUUUUUAGAAAUUGCUUACACUUUGUUGCAUGUAAUUACGUGGUUAAUUUUUUUCUGCAAUAUUUAUCCUCCAUACAAUUCCUUGAAAAUUUUACUCAAAAUAUCACUUAGUCAAUUUUGUGCAAUGUUCUUGAAAACGUGCAAAUGAAGGAUAGAAAUUAUGAAAUAACAAGUAAUUUUUCUCCUGUUAUUCAGUUUUCAAAAUCACAAACUUAUAACGAGGCCAAGUACACAAAUCAUGACGACUUUGUUCUCUUUUAACUCACUUGACAAUGGUUGAAAAUCUUUGAGAUAGUCUUCAUUUCCAAGACACAGUGGAAGGCUUUCGGCUAACUCUCGCUUAGGAUCCAUAGGAUGCAACUGAGUUACCGACCGCUUUUGUACAGGUCUAUAUGGUUGCCCCUGAAAUUCAAUAUUCAUCAAUGAAACAUUUUAGGGAUGGCUCAAAUUUUGCACAUCUUUUAUACAAGUAUUAUAGAUAAUUCAGUAUUAUUUUUUAAAUUCAGACUAUAAAAUGUUUAAAUGAAUUAUCUCACCGAUCCAGGCACCAAAAUGUGUGUCACAGUGUCAGAAAAUUUAACUUUUGGCUUUUCACUUGACGUUAAAGUUUCAACAGCAGGAGGGAUUUGGGUGUUGGACUUGGGUUUAGAGAAUGAAGAAUUGAUAAUAGGUUGUGGUGAUAUAUUGGAAGAAAAUUUCUGCUCUUUGUUUAUGUUCAAGUUGG